AUGUCGAAAAUCGUCCUCAUCACCGGAGCUACAGGCAAACAAGGUGGUGCCGUGGUCAACGCCUUGCUAGCAGCCAAUGCCGACUUCCAAAUUCUCGCCGUCACGCGAGACCCGUCGUCUGCAUCUGCGCAGAAACUGGCAAAGAUGUCGCCCAAGAUCAAACUUGUCAGCGGCAAUCUCGACCAUCCAGAAGAUAUUUUUCGUACUGCGAAAAGGAUGGCGUCGGCGCCGAUAUGGGGCGUCUUUAGCGUACAGAUGACCAUAGGCUCCAAGUCCGAGGUCACCGAAGAAGACCAAGGCAAAGCCCUUAUCGACGCUUCCCUGUCGAACAACGUCUCCCACUUCAUCUACAGCUCCGUCGACCGCGGCGGCGAUAUCUCCGCCACCAACCCUACCGAAAUCCCGCACUUCCGGAACAAGCACAGCAUCGAACAACACCUGUUCAAAACUACAAAGUCCUCAGGCAUGACCUACACCGUGCUCCGCCCGGUUGCAUUUUUCGACAACCUGGCGCUCGACUUCUUCGGCAAAGUCUUCACUACCUCCUACAAGAUCGCACUCAAAGAAAAACCACUCCAACUCAUCGCAACGCGCGACAUUGGAAGUUUUGCUGCCCAAGCGUUCCUCCAUCCUGAUCAAUGGGCGGGAAAGUCUCUGUCGCUAGCUGGUGAUGAAUUGACGUUUGACCAGUUCCGGGAGAUCUUUGAAAAGACAACAGAGCAAGCGUUACCGAUGACAUAUGGCGUGAUCGCGAGGGUGAUUAUGUGGAUGGUCAAGGAUUUGGGGCUUAUGUUUCGAUGGUUCUAUGAUCAGGGCUAUGGGGCGGAUGUUAAGGAGCUGAGAAAAUUGAAUCCGACCUUGAUGGAUUUUAGAACUUGGCUGGAGAGGGAUAGCCCAUUUAAACUGUCUAGGAAGAAGAUGGAUAGAGAAUUUAGCUUUUGGUUCGCUUAG